AGCAAAAUAGCAGAGUACCGCGAAAAGCCGUGCAAACAACACAUAUGUCAAGCGUGAGUGGAAUUUAUUUGGUGGAAAUUGUAUAGUCAAAUAUAUUUUGAAAAGUACCUAUACAAAGGAAUUUUGAUUUGAACUGUUUUAUUUUAUACAUUCGUUUAUCUGAAGUAUUGAAAUUUUCACAAAGUUCAUUCAAAUGUUUUAAGAAAACAUAGUUUUCAUUGAGAAAUUCAUCGAGUGUGUGAAAGAAGAUAAGCAAAAUUUUAGAGGAAAAAAUCUAAACUAGAAGAAAUAAGUGCCGAAAACCCGAGGAAAAAAGCUGAAAAAUCAGAUUUGUUUGCUGAAAACUAGCAGAAAUUGUACAGUUUAUUUGCAGAUUUAUUGCUAAUUUUUAUUAGAAGAAACUUAAGAAAACCACAAACAAAAUGUCAGAUCGCAAAGCAGUUAUUAAAAACGCCGACAUGAGCGAAGAAAUGCAGCAGGAUGCUGUUGAUUGUGCGACACAAGCCCUCGAAAAGUACAACAUUGAAAAGGACAUCGCCGCCUACAUAAAGAAAGAAUUCGACAAAAAAUACAAUCCCACAUGGCAUUGUAUUGUGGGCCGAAAUUUCGGAUCGUAUGUGACACAUGAGACACGUCACUUUAUCUACUUUUACUUAGGCCAGGUGGCAAUUUUAUUAUUUAAGAGCGGUUAAAAAAAAAUUAACAAGAACUACAACCACAAAACCAAUCACAGC